AUGACUGGUACUCCCCCAACGCUGGCGGAUGGCACGACCGUGGCCGAGUACAUGGAGAGCUUGUUCUGGAUCAAGCAUAGCGAGAUCUGGUCCAACUGCGGGUACGUCGUCGCGUGGGUCGUCUUCCUGCGAGUUCUAGCUCUGUUGGCGCUGCGGUUCAUUAUCCCGGUCUUCCUGUUGUACGUGUAUCCUGCCUACGAGACGCUGUUCCGCUUGAGGAAAAACUCGUACUAUCAGCUUCUAGUGAUUUUACUCCUGCCAGCUCUCAAGGUGAUCGUCAAGAACAUUGUGCGGCGGUGCACUAUGCACAAGGAAGACUUGGUGCCGGAGUCCGUCAUCUUCACUGUGGACUUCUUCAACGCGAUUUACGUCGCCACGUGCAUGCAGAGCUCCUCCUCUCUCGUCGGUCACGAACGUGACAGUAGCUACGAAGAGAGAGCUAUCGAGAAUAUCCCCGGUGUCGCGAAGAUCGUGGAGAAGUUGACGCCCGACAAGCAACAAGCUGCGAACAAGCUCUUCUCCAAGUUAAAGCUCGACCAAGCCACCUCCGAUCUUCUCGCGAGUCGCCAGUUCCAGAAGUGGGUGAAAUCCGUGACGAAAGCCUACAAUAAAAACCCCGAACAAGCGACUGUGACGAUGCUUUCGACGUUGACGGGUAAAUACGGCGACGAAGCGCUGGCCAAGAUGCUCGCUACCGCCAAGGAAAAUCGCAACACGGAGACAAUUGCCACUCAGCUGGAGGCCCAAACUAUUCAAGAAUUGGGCGAAAGAAAAGAAAACGGCGGGCGACGUGUUCAAAGUCCCUCGCUGAACUCUUGGGUCUCGUACGUGAAUUUCCUCGACGAAAAUCCGUACGAGUUGCUGCUCACUAGGUUGAAAACUCGCUUCAGCGAUGAAGGACUUGCCACUGUUCUAGCUCUGACGAAGCGAUACUACACUACAAGGAAGAUUGCUGAGAAUUUGGAGAAGGCCCAACUGGAUGGGUGGCUGCGCCAUGGCGAAGAUGCGGAGUCGAUUUUUAAGCUCCUGAAGCUCAACAAAGAGGGCGACAAGCUCUUCGAGAGCCCCGUGAUAAGCACUUGGGUCUCGUAUGUGAAGAAGAUGGACACGGAGAAUCCAUACACUUCGAUGCUAUCGACGCUAAAGUUACGCUACAGCGAUGAAAACCUUGCGAGUAUGCUUGUGGCGGCGAAGAAGACUGGCAGUACGAGAUUAAUCGCCGAAAACGUGGAGACCGCGCAGUUCAAAAUGUGGAGGAGCGAUGGAAAAACCGCGGACGAUCUUUUCACACUUCUUCGUCUCGACAAGGAGGGAGAAGCGCUGUUUAAGAGUACGAUGUUUAACACUUGGGCCUCUUACGCGAAGCUUCUGGACAAGGAAAACCCAGAGAAACUCAUGGUGUCGGCAAUGAAGACGCACUACAGCGAUGGAAACCUGGCGAGUAUUAUCGCUGCAGCAAGAGAAAAUUCGCGUACGGAGGCUGUUGCCAGUCGGUUGCAGCAGGAGCUGUGGCUGAGUCAAGAUAAAACGUCAAAGGACAUUUUCAAACUCCUGAAACUGGACAAGGAUGGGCAGCGGUUCAUUGAGAACCCGCAGUUGGGUACGUGGGUCUCGUACUGUUCCAAGCUCGCCAAGACCCGGGGCGACUUCAGAGCAAUUUCGAUGCUGGAAAAAAAGUUUGGAAGCGAAGAGCUGGCGAUGAAGAUUUCUGCCGCACUGCAGCAUGCUUCAGAAGGCAACCAAAACGUCAUUCGUGAGUUACAAAAACUGCAGUUCCAGCAAUGGGCGCUACUGGACAGGAACCUCUAA